AUGUCUGCCGAAGUAGCUGCUCCAGAAAUCAUUGAGAAUGCAGAUGGAUCCAAGUCUAUCGUCACAUAUAAGAUGGAGAAUGGUGAAAAGUACAAGAUUACUCAAAAAGUCAGAGAAAUAAAAGUUAUUGAAAAAGUUCAUAGAUCAGUCGCCAUGAGAAAGAAGUGGGCUAAAUAUGGUCUUGAAAAAGGUGCUCCAGCAGGCCCACAAACUUCUACUACGCAACCAGGGGAAGUAGUGGAACUAAGAUUGAGUAGAAACUGGAAACAAAAGGAAGAAGAAAGAUAUCAGAAAGAAAAGGGUACCACUACCAAGACUGUGGUCUGUAGACACUGUGGUAACGACCAUUACACCAUGCAAUGUCCAUUUAAGAAUAUUUUGAAUGAAAUUUCCGCAUUGGAAGAUCCAGCUGCUGGAUUAGAUGAAGAAGAAGAAAAUAUGGUUCCAUCUCAAAUGGGUGGUGAUGGUACUCGUUCAUAUGUCCCACCAUCCCGUCGUCUUGGUGCUAGAGAUCCAUCAUCCGAUGCUUAUAGAGAUCCAAGAGAACGUGAUGAUUUAUGUACGUUGAAGAUCAUGCAAUUGAAUGAAAAUGCUGACGAAAACAAUUUGAGAGAAGAAUUACUAUUCCCAUUUGCACCAAUUCAAAAGUGUGUUGUUGUUAGAAAUAGAGAAACAGGUAGAUCCAAGGGUCUUGCAUUUGUUACUUUCUCCAGUGAGCAAAUGGCAGAAAAGGCUUUACACUUCUUAGAUGGUAGAGGUUUCAUGAACUUGAUUCUACGUGUGGAAUGGUCUAAGCCAAAGCCUAAGGUUUGA